CUGGGCAUAACGAAGCGCUAAGCAGCGGCCAUAGCCUCGGCGCAGGACAGCAGCGUCCCCCGCGCGCGGUGCCGAGGCAGCCUCCCGGCCGCCCACGACCCGCUCCCGGCCGCCGAGCAGCUCGCGGGCUGCCCCGACGCCGCCGAGGCGCUCUACCACCAAGCACCCCAAGCCAAGCCGCCGCCGCGAUGCAGAUCUUCGUCAAGACCCUCACGGGCAAGACGAUAACGUUGGACGUCGCGCCGAGCGACACCAUCGACGACGUCAAGCAGAAGAUCCAGGACAAGGAGGGCAUCCCGCCCGACCAGCAGCGCCUGAUUUUUGCCGGGAAACAAUUGGAGGAUGGUAGAACAUUAUCCGACUACAACAUCCAGAAGGAGUCGACCUUACAUUUAGUACUGCGACUGAGGGGCGGCAUGGAGGACGACGAGGAGGGCUCCGACGAGGGGAGCGAGUCCGAGUCGGAAAGUGAAGAAGAAGAAGAUACUGGGUUAACGGAGAACCAGAACCGGUUACUGUAUCUCGUCUCAUUAUAUACGCAUAAAGCGGAAAGUCACGACGACAAGGACGAGUGGAUCCGCAAGCCGGCGCUCUUAGUCCUAAUCUACGAGGGCGUGGUAGCUAAUGUCCUGGACUACGACUACGCGCCCGCUUCCGAGCUUAUUGAAAAUAGGAGGAUCUACCUGAACAUCAGCCAGGAGGGCAAGUCGGAUGUGGAGUUUUUGCGCGAGGAGGAGCUGCUGAACGGGCUCCAGAUCGCGACCAAAGGCGCCGACUCGGCGUCUUCAUUGAAGUUGAACUUUUUGUCGAAGCGUCGACGGCGUCAACGAGACGUUCCGUCACCGUGACGCCGUCUUCAUGAUCAUCAGAGCGUCUCGCGAGGAACCUCGGUGUCGCGACUCGGUCCGAACUCGCCCAACAUCAGAAAAUAAAGUACCCAUGGCCUCCUGAGACGGAGGCGCGUCGCCUCGAUGGCGUGAGAGCGCCGCGAAACCCCCGCGACACGCGAAACCGCCGCGCAGGCUUCAAGCCCAUGACCUGCUACCAGAUCUCCGAGAAAGGUUUAGAAUUGGUCAAGCGCAUCAGUCAGAAGGAGAAGGAGGCGACGCACGAGUUCGUCUACGCCAAGGGGACGAGGGAGCUGUUGUCGGCCGAGUGGGACGGUGCUUCGUAUUACCUUACGAGUGCGUCGGGCUACCGUCGCGAAUCUACUAUUACCUCGACCGAGGAUGUGUCGUAUGUCUCCUCAGCUUACGUGCCCCAGUGUCUGAGGUAUGGUGGGAGACCUACUCUGUCGAACGCGCACCGAGCCCACGAGUCAGCAGUAAAUACCGAUAGCAUCCGAGAUGAGUUAGAUGAGGUCAUCACCCUGAAUUCAGUAUCUAUAAUAGUGGCCGAGUACAUUCCCUUUGGUGCUAAUCAAAUCGUGCAGUUGAAUAGCAAUGUUGGGAGUACGGAACGCGUGCAGGGCGGCUUCAUCUCGCCGGCCGUCGACGAAGACUCGAGUGGCACGUCCAUGGAGAUGUCGCCGGAGAUGACUGCUGUUGAUAUAUUAGAUUACACGCUCACAAAUCACAUCAACUUCGAGGCCGAGAUCCGCUUCGCGGAGGAUAGUGGGGUGGUGCAAGUGGAGACCUUCGGCGUGUCGCUCAACGCGGAAGGUACCUGCUUCUACGGCAUGCAGGUGGAAGCGGUGAUGGAUCGUAUCAAGGACAACAUAUCGUUAGAUCAUCUCGCGCGGUUGUUGGUAGAUGUCCAGCAAGAUUCUUCCUCAAUCGUCGACUCGAUCAUCUCGCAGUACCAGCGCGACUUACUCGACUUGAUAUUCUUGGGCGACGCCCCCAACAGAAACAAGGUCAACUUAAUAAUAGCCAAUGAAAUAACACCUCAUCUGACGGCCGAGGAGUACAUGGACAAGGGCGAGUACGAGAACGAGCUGAAGCAGGUCAUCGGGGACACCAAAGCAGCGUAUGACAUCAGCGAACACGACACUUUAGUUUUUGGUUCCUAUGGCUUACUCGUGGCGGGUCCGAAUUCCCGCCAUCAUGAGCCCUUAUUAUGCGCUUAUUUGCAAUUCAUCACGAUCGACAUCUUCAUGCAGAACUACUUCGCGCGGCUCUGGAUUUUGAGCGAUGACAUGCAGAAAACAAAUUUGAUCAUCGAGGGCUCGAACAAGGACCCGACGGCGCGCUCGCGGCGUCCCGCCUCGCGGAUACGACUCGUAUCUCACACACGAUGCCGGGGGUCGUUUCUUUUUGGAUUUCGAGGCCGUUCGGACCGAGUCGAGGGACCACGAUGCUCCGCGCAUGACGUGGUCGCGGCGAUGGCGUCGAUGCGGUCGCCUGAGAGUCUAGACGCGUCCUCGUGAGCGAGCGGGUUUCGUGACGGCGUCGUUCCCGCGCAGGCCCUCGACCGCAUCCGCUACCGCAUCUGCAAGAUCGCGGAAGACAUCAUCAAGCUCGAGGAGAUGCUCGGCUAUCUGCUCGAGGCGCUGGACGUGAUUGAGAUCCCGCCGGAGCCGCCGGAGCAGGCCGGCCGUUCAUUGUACGAAAGACUGGAGAUCUCCGGCAUGCGCUCCCAGCUGUUACGACGUACGACGGACCUCAAGAAAAAUGUAGGAGGCGCGUCGCGAUACCUGGAAGUCCUGCGCGAGAUGACGGGCAUCGUCGCCGAAGACCGCGCCUACAACCUGCAAAGGCAGCUCGAAACGCACGCGAAGAAGAACCUGGAAUUGCAAGAAAACAGCAAACAAACGAGAAUUCAACUGACGUUGAUGUUGUUCGUCUUUUCGGCGCUGAUGGCCUGGGGCUUCUUGGACCGCUUAACGGGCAACAGCUGGACGGUCAUGAACACGGAGUGGGCCAACAGUCUGUUGAAUAUUAUUCCCACCGUCCCGUUCGCCUGGUUUGGGGUUAGUCUGGUGGUGUGGGUGCUGAUUGCCUUUAUAUUGUAUCAAUACUCUCAAUAUUUACAGCGAAAGUCGACGGGCGUCACGACCGUGAAAAUUCGUUUUGACAAGAAGGUCUUCGUGGACAAGGUCUACGAGCUCAUCAGUACGAAAGCGCGAACUUAUGAAGAUAGAUCCAUCAGUACACUAGGCUACGAGGUCGCGACGUUCACGUACCCGGAAUACGACUGGGGCCCGAACAACGGCGUACCGCAGAUCGUCUUGGAGUUCGACGUGACGAAUUCGUACUUGUUGACGGCGCAGAUCACCUAUAACAGAAGGGAGGCCAACAACAAGAUUUUAGCCUUCAAUUCGCGCGAUUUACAACAACGACUCAUCGACGAGUUCAAUGACAUGAAAAUAUGGGACGCGGCCGGUCCGUAGCGCCGCGUCGUGACGUGUUUUGGUGCCUUCACGUGGUGGAAACGCUUCGUUUCUGAGAAUGACGGCGAUGGAUGGUUUUUUGAGAGAUUUUGAGCUGUUUUCGGGCGAAACGGGGUCGGUUCCGAGGGCGCCUGAUGAAAUCCCUCGCGGGACGCCGGAGGACGGCCGCCGCGGCGCGGGGCGCCGCGGCGGACGCCGUUGGACGCGUCGCCGGAGUCGCGGCGGUCCCGGACGCCUUUCUGGUGGUUCCGAGCCUCGCGCGGCGUCGAGGCGGCCGCGGCGGGGCCCGGACGCCGUCGCGGCGUCGUGCGUCGCCCGCCACGCCAUCGACGCGACG